AUGGGCAGCAGAUCAGAGGAUGUAGGAGCAGUGGAUAGAGGGAGCUCCAGAGUUGAACAGGACGAUGUUCUUAUGGAUGAUGACUCUGAUUCAUCGGAGUACGUGGAUAUGUGGAUCGAUUUAUUUCUUGGAAGAAAAGGCCAUGAAUACUUCUGCGACGUAGAUCCUGAAUACAUUACAGAUCGUUUUAACUUAAUGAAUUUGCAAAAGACAGUUUCUAAAUUCUCUUAUGUGGUACAAUAUAUCGUGGACGAUUUGGAUGACAGUAUCUUAGAAAACAUGACUCAUGUCCGUUUAGAGCAAUUAGAAUCAGAUUCUCGUAAGCUGUAUGGCCUCAUUCAUGCACGUUACAUCAUAACGAUUAAAGGUUUGCAGAAAAUGUACGCUAAAUACAAAGAGGCUGAUUUUGGUAGGUGUCCUCGUGUCUACUGCAACCUACAGCCGUUAUUGCCCGUUGGUUUGCAUGAUGUUCCAGGAAUAGAUUGUGUUAAAUUAUAUUGUCCAUCCUGUGAGGAUCUUUAUAUACCAAAGUCUUCGAGGCAUAGCUCGAUUGAUGGUGCAUACUUUGGAACAAGUUUCCCGGGUAUGUUUUUGCAGGCAUUUCCAGACAUGGUGCCCAAACAUCCAACAAAAAGAUACGUUCCAAAAAUUUUUGGUUUUGAAUUACACAAACAAGCUCAACUAACGAGGUGGCAGGAACUACAGCGACUCAAGAUGGUCAAGAAGCUUGAAUUCAAAAAUGUGGAUUUGACAAAAAGUGGUGGUUUUAAAACCUAG